AUGGAUGGACUCUCGGGAGGCGUCAGACGCGCCGCGUUUGAGAAACUUGCGGCAUUGGCUGUUCAGUCGCCCGCCCGUGACGAUGGUUCGGAGCUUGUUCGUCUGUCGCAGCAGUCCCGGUCGACCACCCAGGCCGAUGAGACCCUGAAUGGUGUGUUGAGGGGUCAGGCUCCGACAUCUCGAGUUCCAAUGGGCAUUCGUGAACUAGAUGUCCUCCUGGCCCUCUGUCAAGCCGCCUCUGCUGUCAACGACCUCGAGCACGCCGCACGAUUGGUAUCUCAGCUGUCGUCCUAUUUGCCAGAAGCCCCCAGUCAACUGUUCCAGUCGUCCCCAUUUCUUCAGAGUGUCAAGCCCUCGCCGUGGGAGUCGCUCACCUACAACGUGACUCUGGCGCUGUUAUCACUGGGAACAAAGUAUCCAGGCCUGCGGAAGAAGACAGUCGAUGCCAUUAAUAGUUAUUUGCACAACUGCGCCGAGGCGAUCAAUGCGGUCACACCCUUUCAGUACUCGAAAGAAGCAGGCAGUAAAGGCGUGGUACAUGAUUCCAUUGCUAUUCUGUCAAUCGCGGUGUCCUUUGUUGGUUUCCUGGAAGCCUCGGCCAAAUACACUGUCAUCUGGUCUGCGACUGAGAAGCUAAGGCUAAUCGAUCAUAUGCGCGGGAUGCUUUCGGAAUCCUUCAUGAUCGCGGUGGAGACAGCCUCUUCUACCAUUCGCAAUGCAAGUGGCGUGGAGAGUGCUUCCAAGAAUUGGAAAAAGUAUACCCGUCGAUAUGCUGCUCGCGGCCGCCCACUGGGCGGCAUGCUCGUGCAAGAAGGCUUCAUGCGCUUCGUCAAAUCGUGCGCGGCAUCUCUCCUCGGAUCCCAGAACUUGUCGGAUGACCAGCUGUUAGACGACUAUAUGACUGGCGUCGGUAUUGCUAAAAGCUAUGAUGAGGCAGACAUUACUCUGGUUGAGCGGAUCACCGACAUUAUCAGCGAGGAAAUUCACUUGCUGGAGGAUGGCUCCGAUUACCUGCAGGUCGGCUCACCAUGGCAGCAACGGCUUGCUUUCUCGGUCAAAGGCGACGCCUUGGUGGGUUUCCUGAAUUGUGUGAUCCUUGGUGAAGAUGCGGCAAACAACGAUGUACUCUUAUCCAGGCUCGAGGAGACACUGGCCGAUCCCCAGCAAAUGUCGUGCGUUGAGCUGGCCAUAACCGCAUUGAAAUGCACCGCAAUUCUUGCGAGAAUGUCCUCCAAUGGUGCCUCAAUCGGGAGGCGCUGUCUGCUGAGGUUUGUGGUCGAGGGAGGUAUGUUGACGGGCUCAGUUGUUUCAGUAGCCGCUCGGAGUCUCGCGCAGAUCCUGACCAUUCUCUCCGAGGACGCCGUGAUUACAACUUUGUAUUCUUUGGGCAACGCGCUGAGCCCCGGCGGCAACACCGAUCCAUCAUCCCAAGAUCAGUUGGUUGGAGAUCCCACCGGGCUGGUGAAUAACCCAACAGCUUAUCUACAGCCGAAGAAUGGGAGUCUAGUAUCUCUUUCGGUGAAUGGCGAGGAUGAUGGUGCAUCCUACCGGAAUGUCAUCCAUACAAUCGUCACCGUCGCGACCAGCUGCAACGACGACAAGAUCAGCGCCCUGGCUCAGUCCAUGCUCCUUCAAAAAAUUGGAAAGAUUAAUGUUGCGGUGGAUGCAUACAUCAUCCAGGAGACAGCCGUUCUCGCUCUGAGCAGUGGGCAAGCUGAAUUCCAACUUCUGCUCAAGUUCUACGCUCGCAUCUACCGUGAUGGGGUUAACAAAGGCUUGAAUCUGAUCUCUGAUGCUGUUCAAUGCGCCAUGGCAUAUCUUUCCAUAAAUUUGGACAGAAGUUCCCCACUCCACCGGUUCUACUUGACCCACUUACUGGAGAGUAUUGUCAACAAAGGGGAUGUUCCCGACCUUGAAAAUGAGCAUCACAGAGAAAUUGUUUUUGCACCCGGUGACAUAACUCCACUUCUGAAACCACUUGCGUUGCUCGUAUCUUCCAACAGCAGUGUUGAAGGGGCUUCCCAACCGGCACAGGAUUACGAUGAAACCGCUUUGUCUUUGUUCCGCGAUGCGUGGUUUAACAUGGCCAUCCAUGGAAUCUCACUCGACUCGAGUGUAGCUCAGCAACACCUCAAAGAGCUCCGCUUGCUCGCAAACUUCUCUCCGCCUCUGGUGGCCGAGGAUCGCAUGGAGUCACUCGAAAGUGAUGUCGAGCUCAACACCGUGCUCCGGCGGGGACCGGGACCACAACGGAUCAUGGAGCAGAAGCGAACGCUCAUUUCUAAACUGGCUGGUCGAGAAUCUGACAUCAAACGCUUGGACUACUCAAGAGCGGUCUUUUUGAAUGCUGUGCUGUUGGUCGAAAGUCUUCGGGCAUCGUCGGGGAACUGCACCAAAAUCCUCAGUUAUUUCCUGGACCCCGCCCUCACUACGCCAGAGAUGUUUGCCUCUAUGAACGCCGUUGCGGACAGAGUCAUCACCUGUUAUCUCUCACUGACCCUUUCUGGAGAACAUGAUGAAUUUUCGGCCCCGUUCUUGUCGAAGCAGCUUGCCGAGUUCUUGGUGGCAUGCUGCCAUCGAAUCGAAAGAGUGCAAAGCAUAGCAACGCUGUGUGCAGACAAAAUUAUCCGCGAAUGUCCUUCUGCGCUUUGCGAAAAGCAUUCGCUCUUUGCUUUGCUCGAGAUAUUGACCGUGAUGUGGUCGGCAUGCCUCCAAGGAGAACUAGAUGAGUUCGAGUGGGAGCCGUCGCUCAUUUCUCCCCGGGGAAUUGUGAAGGUUGACCUCCCCGAUAACUACGCGUUGAGACGAGCGACCCUGAACCGGUUCCUGGAACGAGCCAAGACUUGGGUAACAGCAGUUCUCAACAUUGCACCGUUGGAUAUCAAGGGUUUACUUCAGACCUACCUGUCCGAGUAUGAUGACGACGGUGGCUACGGCCAUAUCUCCAUGGGUCGAUCUUUCGCUAUGGAAAUGGGCUCCCUUAUACCACAGACCGACCCACGGCUUGGGUCUAUUGAUGGCUCUGAAAGCGCCGAUGUAAAUGUUGCCUCCGACUUUAUGGCACUGUAUACAACGCGUCAGAAGUACCGUCGCCCCGAUAUGCCUCCUGUGAACGGUUUGGAAGGGGAAGUGUUUGGCAACCAGGCCUGGCGGCCCAAAGGUCGAAAUAUUGGAGCGGAACUCCGACCCGAGUCUGCUGAGAACUUGGAACAUGCUCUCUCCGGUCUUUACCAGCGGAGCAUCAACGGCGAUGACAUUCCCCUCAUUGAAGUGAGGGAUGCCCUGCGGCAGGCCGCUGGUCUUAUCUGUAGUAGUAGCAAACCCCGGCUUUCUGUGGUUCAUUACCUCGUUGCCUUGCCCUUUCAGAUUUUCACCAAGGAAGUCAUCAAGCUAGGAGUCUCUCUAUGGCUCGGGGUUAUCCACGAAAACCCAAGCACUGAGCCGCGGAUUCUAGCAGAAGUGGUUGAAUCCUGGGAAAGGAGCAUCCAGCGUCGGAAGGGGCUGUUUGAUCCUUCUUUUGGAUACCUUGACCCGCUGCACACUAAAAUUGAGCUUUUGCCAACCGACAAAGCUCUGAUGCUCAAAAAACAGCAAAAAGCCCAGGACACACUCUCGCCACAUAUGCGUGUUCUUCAGUUUUUUGAGAGCCAUUUCAAUGCCAUUCGCCUGGGCAAUCUGCAAGACCAGCAAUUGUUCUGCCGCCUCAUGAACAGUACACUCGUGGGCCUUGUGAAAAAUAAGGGCCAUCCUCUGGCACGGGAGAUACACUUUCGUAUUGUUCUGUUCGGACUGAAAGUCUUGAGAUAUCUCAGCCCUCGAAACAACAGUGCAUCCUGGAAACUCAAAGAUCAGGUUCUCUCUGCUGCUCUGAGCUGGUUCAAGCACCCCCCACGAUGGUCAUUUGGAGGAAACCGGCUGCAGAUCAAAGCCGAGGACAAAAUUAUGGCCGACGUGAUGAGUGCUUUACGAAGUGUUGGAGGCCUUGCUGUUCAUGCACAAGGGUCAUUCAAGUCUUUGCAGGCCAAACAGGACUUGGUUCAAACUCUCAUCGAGAACGAGCGCUCGCGACUCCGCGUUUGGCUUUUCCCUCUGGAGCCUGAGCGGAAACACCACAUGCCCGUAGUUAUGGGAAACAAGAACUCUACAGAAGGUGCUUCAUCUUUUCUGCGGCUUGCCUGGGCCGAGAAUCCAGGGUUGGCGAUUCAGAUGGCUGCCCGAUUCCCUUCGGCGAAAAUGCAGAGUGAUGUUCGGUGGUUGAUCAUGAACUUCCCUGACAAGGUCAUUGGCGAGCCAAGUGCGCUGGAAAUUAUGUUCGACUCAUCUCUACCGACUGAUGUCUCUUGGCAAUUGAAGUAUCUAUUGUUCUGGGCUCCCGUCAACCCCACCGAAGCUCUUACAUACUUCUUGCCUGCCUACGGCAACCACCCGUUCAUUUUGCAGUAUGCUAUGCGAGCUUUGGAGAGCCAUUCGAUCGACGUCCGCUUCUACUUUGUGCCUCAACUGGUCCAGGCUCUACGGUACGAUGCUCUGGGCUAUGUCGAACGUUAUAUCCUGGAAACAGCCAAGCUGUCGCAACUGUUUGCGCAUCAAGUGAUUUGGAACAUGAAAGCCAAUUCUUACAAAGACGAGGACUCUCAGGUGCCGGAUCCUCUCAAACCAACUUUGGAUCGUUUCAUUGAAAGCUUGAUUUCGAGCUUCUCGGACGAAGAGCGUAACUUCUACGAAAGGGAGUUCUCGUUCUUCAACGAGAUCACUGGUGUUUCGGGCAAGCUUCGUCCGUACAUCAAGAAAAGCAAGCCCGAGAAAAAGGAAAAGAUCGAGGAAGAGUUACGCAAGAUCAAGGUGGAGGUUGGAGUCUAUCUCCCCAGCAACCCUGACGGGGUUGUUGUGGGAAUCGAUCGAAAAUCCGGCAAGCCCCUGCAAAGCCAUGCGAAGGCGCCCUAUAUGGCAACUUUCCGGAUCCAGAAGAACAGGCCACGGUGGGAUGGAAAAGCCGACGUCACGCACGCUGGCGGUUAUGGACCCGACCCGCGCCAGCGCGGUGCGCAUUCGUCGGAGUCCGACCAGGAGACGUACGAAGUCUGGCAGUCGGCUAUCUUCAAAGUUGGCGAUGACUGUCGUCAAGACAUGCUCGCUCUGCAAAUGAUUGCCGCCUUCCGCAGCAUCUUCGCCGGCGUGGGUCUGGACGUCUGGGUCUUCCCCUACCGGGUGACCUCCACGGCACCUGGCUGUGGCGUGAUUGACGUGUUGCCCAACUCCAUCUCCCGUGACAUGCUUGGGCGUGAGGCCGUGAAUGGGCUAUACGACUACUUCGUGUCCAAGUACGGGGGCGAGGACUCGAUCCGAUUCCAAGAGGCGCGUACCAACUUCGUCAAGAGUAUGGCUGCGUACUCUGUGAUCUCCUAUCUUCUGCAGUUCAAGGAUCGGCACAACGGGAAUAUCAUGGUGGAUGAUGCUGGGCACAUCAUCCAUAUCGAUUUUGGAUUCUGCUUCGAUAUUGCACCUGGUGGCGUACGUUUUGAGCGAGCGCCCUUCAAGUUAACAUCUGAAAUGGUGGCCGUCAUGGGUGGGACGCACAGUCCGGCUCAUCAGCCGAGCAGCAGUUCAGGCCUGAGCCUACCCGGGGGCAAUUCACACAAUCCGACUGCCACGCAACCCUACCGGUGGUUCGAAUCCUUGGUCGUCAAAGCAUUCCUGGCCUCACGUCCGUAUAGCAGCAAGCUGUCUCAUAUCGUGUCGUUGAUGCUGGACAGCGGUCUGCCCUGCUUCAAACCCGAGAGUCUCAAAAACUUCCAAGACCGGUUUGUACUGGAUAAGAGCGACAGAGAUGCUGCUGAGUAUAUGCGAGAGCUUGUGCGCAAGUCCUACAUGAGCAGAUCAACCAAGGGCUACGAUCAGUUCCAGCUGAUGACCAACGGCAUUCCUUACUGA